AACCACUACAAAUACAAGGCAGGAUCUCGCGGUCUAGAUGAGGAAAGCGCUUCCCGAGCUGCCGCAGCUGUGUCCCGACCAGUUAAAAGAAAAUACAAGACCAGAGACGGGGAACGUCUUAUUUUGACCUGUCCCGUACGCGGAAGCGUUCAUUCUCCGAUUUCAUGGUUCUUCCUGGACACCGAUCCGGAAAAAGCUCACAAUUUUACCGUUACCGCCUUUUCAAAAGAGACCUUUGACAAGGUUGCAUCGCCCGCGGCCUGGAUUGCCCUAUGGAGGGAACAACUCAACCUUUCCGACCUAUUUAUAAACUCCAGCGGCAGAGUCACUCUGGAUCCAGCUUUCAAUAUUAUCUACCACGAAGUGAGAACGGCUGAUGACACGAACCGUUCUAACCCGGGCAACAUGCCGCGGCAACACCUGGCUUGCAUCCAUGGCGAUGCGAGAAAAGAACUGUUUAUGCGCGCUGACUGGGCCGGAGACAUUUAUAUCGAGGCAAUCCCUCGCUGGCAGUAUUACUUCGUGAUAACGGGCAUUGGAACUGUACUGAGCACUCUGAUGCCAGCUUUCCUCUCCAUCUCCACAGUGUGCAUUGUUAUAUGGGUUUUAAAUUCGGAAAUAAAGCCGAAAAUGGAGGCUGCAACGGCUGGCCACGCCUACCGCGACACACAUUGA